AUGAGCAGUAUAUCUGACUACAUGGUCACCAGAACGUGCCCAGAUGUAAGAACAACAACAUUCAUGGGACCAGACGAAUGGAAAACAGGUCAGGACCAUGUUCAACACCUCAAUAUAUACACGCACGGCUCCGAGAUAGAAGGACGAGCGGAAGUAUUCGCCAAAGGGAAAGCGGAAGAGCUUGCUCAGAGCAUUGACCGCCAACAUGAAGCGGUCAACUUGUUCGUAGACAGUCAAGCGGCGAUAAGAUCCAUGCAAUCGUCAGCGGUCAGUUCCAAAAGUGUACUGGCAAGCAGGGAGGCACUAGAUAUCCUUACCACAACCACGUCAAAGCGGAUCUACUGGGUUCCCAGCCACCAGGGCAUCGAUGGUAAUGAGACGGCCGACGAGCUUGCAAAGGAAGGCGUCGGACUGGCGAAUAAAGGAUCAGAAAAAGUUCCUGUCUUCCUUAGAACGCUCCAAAGCGAACUGGAAAGACGGACCGACACACAAGCCAAAAGCAGAUGGAGGAGAACUUCCACCACCUGA